CCCUAUGACUGUGCGAAAAGGAAAAAGUUUGGGCAUCACCAUCCAGGAGCACAUGGCCAUCGAUGUCUGCCCGGGCCCCAUACGCCUUCGUCAAAUCUCCGCCUACUUCCCCCGCCUCUCGCCUACUUCCUCCUUCUCUGAGCCUCUCUCACCCAAUCAGGUGGCAGCUCCCACAACGCUCAGCCCUGGCAGCACAGGUCAAGCUGGAGGGCCUGUCGGAGGAGGGAGCAGCGGCCUGUUGUCACCACAGCUACCUGGAGCUGCGGGGGGAGGGGGCUCCCUGUCAGCCAUGAGUAGCAUGGACACCUCCAUCGAGAUUGACAGCUGUGACAGCGAUGAUAACACCUCCUUGGGAACGCUAGAGUUUGACCUACUGUAUGAAAAAGCCACCAGCUCCCUGCACUGCACAGUCCUCAGAGCAAAGGGUCUAAAGCCGAUGGAUUUCAAUGGUCUGGCCGAUCCCUACGUCAAGCUGCAUCUGCUACCAGGAGCCUGCAAGGCCAAUAAACUGAAGACCAAGACUGUUCGCAACACGCUGAAUCCGGUGUGGAAUGAGACGCUCACCUACUGUGGAAUCACUGAGGAAGACAUGUACCGCAAAACACUCCGGGUGUCUGUGUGCGACGAAGACAAGCUGACACAUAAUGAGUUCAUUGGGGAGUCGCGGGUGGCCCUGCGCCGUGUGAAGCCUGACCAGCCCAAACACUUUAACAUCUGUCUGGAGCAUCCACCUCCGCUGCCUUCGCCUACUGCGAUGAGUACAGCCCUGAGAGGAAUCUCCUGCUACCUGCGAGAGUGGGAGAUGGAGCAGCAGAGAAAUCUAGAGGAGAGAGGACGCUUGCUGCUCUGCCUUCAGUACAUCCCCCCAUCCACUGAUGGUGACUUGAAGGGCGAGGCCAAGGAGAGAGCUCGUGGGGGGCUAUGUGUGGGCGUAAAACGCUGCGCCCACCUGGCAGCCAUGGAUGUCAACGGCUUCUCCGACCCCUACGUUAAAACGUACCUGAAGCCAGACGUUCACAAGAAAUCCAAGCACAAAACAGCGGUGAUUAAAAAGACUCUCAACCCGGAGUUUAAUGAGGAGUUCUUCUAUGAGAUCUCCUUCUCAGAAUUAGCAACCAAGACGCUGGAGGUCACAGUGUGGGACUAUGAUUUAGGAAAAUCCAAUGACUUCAUAGGGGGGGUAUCCUUAGGGUGUCAUUCACAGGGAGAAACUCUGCAGCACUGGAUAGACUGUCUGAAGAACAAGGGCAAGAAAGUGGAGCGCUGGCACACACUGACCAACGAGCUGCCUGGAUCCACGCUGCAGGAAUGAGCCGAAUUUCUUCCACUAUUACCGACGCUAGAGGAACCGCCUGAAGACCCAUGAAGAAGGACGUUUUAUCGCAUGUUUUGAGGAUUUUUUUCUGCAUGAAUGUGACGGAUUCCAUAUCUUUCUUUGUGUUAUAAUUCAAAACGUCAUACCCAGAUGGGGUCACAAUCAUAGAUCAAUACUCUAAUCUUGGAUCUAAAAUAGACCCAGUGUCCCCAACACAAAGCUGAAACUAUUUUCUUUAUAAUAUUGGCAUGCAUUCACAUCCUUUUAAGGCUUUAACAUCAGCCUAAAUGCUCCUCAUGGACAGAGCCCACUCAUGAAGAAUAAUUAUACCGGGACAUUUGAUGAGGGGAAAAUGUUUAAUUAUUCUCUCGCGCAGUCCCGCAUGUCAGGUUUGCCUGCUCUUAUUAAAUUCAGGCAAGUCAAUUUCAUUAACCGCUGACAUUAAAACUCCACGGUUAUGCCCCUCUGUCUCAAAGCGCACAUACCUCUCCGUGCAAUAAUGAUUGCCUAAUGCUUCCGAAGAUUUCCAAGUGGUCUUAAUACUGUCGGACGUUUUGCAUCUGCUGAUCUGAUCGUCACUGGAUUGCCCGCAGAUAGCACAAGCUGAUAAGAUAGCUGGUUCUUCCAUGUCGAUGGUUUGUGUGACUUAUUUGCAUGUUCGGUGUUGAUGGCGCAAACUAAAAAAUAAAUAAAAUUAAAAAAAAAAAAAAAAGUCAAUAUCUGCCAGGAGGAAAUGUUCAUCAAUGUGUUGUUUCCUAGAAGGAAUUUUAUUUUUUAAUGGUAACAGCUCUUUAAUGUUGUUCACAGUUGUUUGACGUGUCAGCGCUGAUAUUGGUGUCACUUGAUGUUGACAUAAUUUUGCUUCACUUUCCCUAAUUUAUAAGGCCAGUGUCAUUAACAGAAAAGCUUCACAGCAACAGAGCAUUUUAUGGUGAUCCAUGCAUGGUUGUACUCUGACACAGUGAAUACAAAUCGUAUGCCUUUGUUUAAUAUACAAAUUGUAAAUAUGAAUGGUGUAUAGAGCGCUGUGUUUUAUGGUGCUGCUUUACUGUUGAUUGCUUUAAGCUGCAGGUUUUCUCUGUGUGGUAAACAGGCAUGUUCAAAAUGCCAUUGCUGUUAAUAUGUAAAUAUAUGUAUGGUGUUUCACUUGUUUUGGAUGUUUGUCUUUUGGAAAGUGCGCAUGUUCUUUGCUUUUCUUCCCCCAAAGUGUUCCAAAGUGGACUCACUGAUACACUGAUGUUUACGCACAGGCUGAUAGUAAGCCAGUAAAGCUAAUACUGCCACCUGGUGUCACGAACGGUAAGUGCAGUCUCUUCUCUGACGAGCAGAAGUGAUCUAUCAAACAUAUCAGGUGAAAGGAAACCAACACACAUUGAACCUUCUUUAACACAAUAUGCUUCAUGUUCAGAUUUUGACUGAUCGCUGGUACAGUGCCAGUAAAGCGUCUCGUCCAAACAAUCGCGUGAAAGCCAAUAACAGCAGCAGUUAUGACUUUAAAUAUGAAUACAUUAAUCUCUACUAUAUUUAAUAAAUUACAACCCCAAUUCCAAAAAAGUUGGGAUGUCGUGUAAAAACAAAAUGCAAUGAUUUGCAAAUCUCAUGAAGUUCAUUUUGAAUUUGAUGGCAGCAACGUGUCUCAAGAAAGUUGGAAGUAGAAGUUGGUAGUAGAAAAGUCUGGCUGCUGCACUGGCCUGCCUGCAGCUCAGACCUGAAACCACUUGGAGCAUCAAGAAAUGAAAAAUACAACAAAGAAGACCCAGAACUGUUGAGCAGCUAAAAUCCAAAUCAGACAAGAAUGGGACAACAUUCCUCUCCCAAAGGUACAGCAGCUGGUCUCCUGAGUCCCCAGAUUUUUACAGACCUACACAGAGGUAAACAUGAGCCUGUCCCAACUUUGUAGGAUGUGUUGCUGCCA